CUCUGUAAGGUGCAUUUAAGAAGCUGGUGUUGGGUCAUAGCUGGAGCUGAUCUGGUUAUUUGUUUCCUGAACGCAGUCACUGCUGUACCGGAAUGUGUUCCACUCGGGCCGCCGUUCUGCUCCUGCUCUUUGCAGUGAUCUCUAUUCCUGGUGAAGCUGUUAAGUUCCCAGUGCUCUUUGGGGAAAUAUCUGACUGUGUUCAGAGGCAGUGCUCUGAAAAGAUAGAUGCCUGCCAGGAACGCUAUGGAGAGGCUCUGACAGGCCAGCUGAGAGAUUGCAUUGCUAAUAACUGUAAAGGAGCCAUGGUCAGCUGUAUGGACUGGAUUUUCCAGGGCAUUGUGGCUGCAAGGAGAGGUGCGAAUCCUCAAGUAUCUACCGAAGUGCUUGAACGUCAAUGGGAGAUUGUCGUGGGGGUAAUUGUGAAUUCAUAUUUCCACUGCUUCAGACUCAGUGGCCACCAGAACACGACCGAGUUCCUAGGAUGUCUUCUGGAAGGUCUGCUGGAUAAAGCACUGCCGUACGUCAACAUGCUGUCAUCGCUCCUCGGAAUCACAGAAUCAGGUGUGGUGUCGUGCUGGCUGAAGAAGGCCCUCAGGCAGAUGGUGAGCUGCUAUAGCCACGUAGACGAGGACUACUACACUAUGCUGGAAGACAACAUGAAAAGGGAGCUGGCCUUGAACAGGCAAGAGUACUUCACCUGCCAUGAUGUGCUGUUUCAAGAUAAGAAGUGCUUCCAGCUGUACUCACGGCUUUUUGGUUCUACCCCAGCCAUGCUAACCCAGACAAAAGGCCUCUUCGUCUGCUUCAUUAAUGAGGCGGUGUUAGCGACAGUCGCAUGCUGAAGUAGCCGAGGAGGAAAACGGGCCUGACGAAGACUCUCCUGCAGAACGGACCCUUCAGGACAAACAAACACCUAAACAAAUCUGACAUGAUUUUCUUUUUAAAAUAUCCAACAGAUUAUGAUGAAAAAUUUACAGCCAGUUGGUCAUUUAAUAUCUGAAUAUUUGCACAGUGGAAGCUUAUUAGCGUUAGACAGUUAGCAUCACGCUUACUGCUUGUCUAAAUCAUCAUACUCAUCUCAAACUUUGUAAGUUAAAGGGGAACUCCACCAAAUUUGCAA